UUUUGUGUCACCAUGAAGAGAAAAAGCUCUCUCUCUCUCUCUCUCUCUCUCUGACUGAUACACGCACCUCUGUGUACGGCGAUGGCGUCGGUCGGAGCUGCUCGGAAGGCGGAGAAGCGGCCGCAGAUGCACGCGAACUCCUCCUCGUCUUCGCCGCCACUUCAUCCUCCUUCUCAGUGCUCGUCCUUCGAGAAUGCCUCUGGGGGAGAAGGCAGCAAUGUCGACCGGGUCCUCUACAAGAACCUCGUCGACAUGGUUCCGCUCGUCGAGUCGCUCAUGGAUCGUAGGCCGAAUCCCUCGUUUAAGCGGCGGGCGUCGUUGGUGUACACCCCCACUCCUUCCCACCCGAGAAAGGUUGUUGACCACAAUGGAAGGAUAACAGCUCAAACUUGUUCCUUUAAGAAACGAAGUGAUCAUGGAAACAAUGGCCCAAAUAAAGAAUCAGAUAAACUAGAUGGUGCCUCUGGAUUCUUCUCAUCAAGUGCCCUGACAGCUGAAGAUGUCCAGAAGAAUGUGGAAGAGCUGAAGUUGUUGCAGGAACAAUUGGAUGACCUCCACAAAAAGCUGCUGGAAAAAGAUGAAGCUUUAAAAUCUUUAAAAGACUCAUUGAACGAGAUGAAUGUAGCUAAUGCUACAGUCAAUGAGUUGAAGGAGCAACUUAUGGAGAAGGAUUCUUUGAUUACAAAUGCAAAUUUGCAACUGACUAAUACAAAGAAUAGGCUUGAUGAAAGGCAAGCAGCUUUGGAGAAAUUAGAGAUGGAAGUCACAGAGUCGAACAAAAAAGUUGAGGAACUUCAGGGAAUUCUAGACUCUACAAGUUUUGAGAUUGCUGCAUUUACCAAGUUAUUUGAUGAAUUAUCAAAUACAUGCCCAGAUGCAUGUUUGGACGACAACAAUACUUCUCAACCCAUGGAUAUGUUUCCAUAUAUAGUGUGCUUUGAACAGGAUGACAUUGAUGAGAAUGGCAUGCAGAAGAUGGAAGAGGCAAGAAUUGCCUAUGUUGCAGCUGUUGCUACCGCAAAAGAGAACCCCAGUGAAGAGUCCAUAGCCGCCGCAGCGGAGGCAAGGGUCCACCUUCAAGCUUAUCUGCUCAACUGCCACUAGGAACUUCACUGCUACAUUUGUCAAUAUGUAACUUAAAAGUUGUGUGUUGAUGGAAAUAUGGAAUCUGUAUGAACAUUUUUACACUUGUUCAUUUUGCUGUCUACAAAUUGCUUCUCAAUGAAUGUUUAUGAUGAAGCUCUGCUUAGGCCUCUUAAGGAAA